AUGACAACGGACGCGACCGAAAAAGACGUGAAAACGGCCGCCGCGCCAGUGACCGACGUGCAGGACGUCGCCUCCGAGCUGACCGCCAUCUACAUAGAUCCCGAGCGCGAGGCGGCCGCCCUCCGCAAGUUUGACCGCUGGCUCGUGCCGGUUGCCUUUUCCUUUCUCGUCCUCUCGUCGCUCGACCGGAACAACGUGCGUUCUGUGCUCCUUUUUGCUGCUGGUUCUUUCUUUCCUUCCAUGCUCGGGAAUGCCAAGGUAUUUGGCUUCGCCACCGACCUCAACCUCACCGGAAACAAGUUUGGCAACCUCACCACCGUCGUCAGCGUCACCCUCAUCGCCUUUGAAGUCCCCUGGGUCAUUGCCAUCCGCCGCUACGGCGCCAACCGCGCCCUCGGCGUCGGCCUCAUCAUGUGGAGUGCCGUGACGCUCGGUACGGCGUUUGUGCAGACCUACGGCCAGGCGCUGGCCGUACGCACGCUGCUCGGCAUCUUCGAGGCCGGCAUCUCGCCCGGCUUUGCCUACCUGUUCGCGACCAUCUACCCGCGCCACGCCGCCGGCAAGCGCGUCAUGAUGGGCAACCUCGCCAACUGCACGUCGGGCGCUUUCGGCGGGCUGAUUGCCUACGGCGUGCAGAGCAUGGGCACGCGGCGCGGCAUGGUCCCAUGGCGCUGGCUGUUUGUCUUUGAGGCGAUUGUCACCGUGGUCAUCGGCGGCAUCGGCCUCGCCAUCCUGCCCCGCACGCCCGAAGAGGCCUGGUUCCUGACCGACGACGAGAAGGAGACGAUGCGGCUGCGCCGCCGGCGCGACGAGACGUUCCGCGGCAGCGACGAAUUCGACUGGAAGUGGGUGCGGCUCUGCCUGGGCGACGCGUACAUUUACGUCUGCGCCUUGGCCUUUUUCACGUCGUCCGUCGCCAUCACUGGCUUCGGCGUCUUCUUGCCCACCAUCAUCCAGGGCCUCGGCUACGCCGCGAUCCAGGUCAACUACCUGACCAUCCCGGUCUACGUCGUCGGCGCCCUCUCCCUCGUCACCAACUGCUACGUGUCGGACCGCCUCAACCGCCGCGCCAUCGUCCUCCUGUGGUGCUGCCUCCCCGUCAUCGCCGGCUACCUCAUCUGCGUCGGCACCGCCAACGCCCACGCGGGCUACGCCGGCAUGUUCGUCCUCGUGCUCGGCGUCUACCCCAUCUCCACCCUCGUCGUCGCCUGGAUGGGCACCAACCUCUCGCCCGACAACAAGCGCGCCUUUGGCCUGCCCUUCUUCUACUCCAUCGGCAACCUCUCGCUGCUCGUCUCCUCCCAGCUCUACCCCAGCACCCAGGGCCCCCGCUACGUCCAGGGCAAUGCCGUCUCCGCCGGCCUCGAAGUCGUCGCCGCCGCGCUCUACUUGUGCAGCUGGCUCAUCCUGCGCCGGCGCAACGCCCAGAAGAAGAAGCUCAUCAGCGAGGGUGUCACCGACAAUGGCAUGGAGGGCGACCGUGCGCUCGACUUUACCUAUGGCCUGUGA